AGAUUACAUAAGGUAGUAGCGGGUAGCAAAACAACCUAGCUGCUUAACUGCUGCAGGACCACUCCAGUGUGUACUGCAUGUAAUGGAACUUACAUGUGGAGACGGAAUGAGGCCCGCCUCGUCUCUUUCCUUCCGUAGGUAUCACAUUCCUCCUCCGUUCACUAUCGCUUCUCUGGGUUGAACAAGCAACACUGCGCUUGCCGAUGCACGAUAUCGAGACCCUCAAACGCGGCGGCUACCGGGAUGCUGGGCUCACCGAGCUCAGGUUAGCGUGCCCGUUGAGCACGUUUCCCGAAGAGAUCCUGCAACUCGGCGCUACCCUGAAGCAGCUUGAUCUCUCCGGGACCGGGCUGUCCUCGCUGCCCGCGAAUCUGGGGGUUGCUCUCCCAAACUUGAAGAUCGCUCUCUUCUCGGCCUGUAACUUCAGGGUAUUCCCACGCGAGCUGGCCUCCUGCCCCAACCUCGAGACCGUCGCGUUCCCGCACAAUGGCAUGGAGGAGAUCCCCGAAGAUGCCUUCCCGCCCCGUCUCCGCUGGCUGAUCCUGACCGGCAACCGCCUCACUUCUCUGCCCUCCAGCAUCGGCCGCUGCCAGAACCUACAGAGGUGCAUGCUAGCCGGCAACCAGCUGCGGGCGCUCCCAGCCGAGAUGGCACGGUGCAAGAGACUGGCCCUGCUGCGCAUCAGCGCCAACCGCAUCGAGGCCCUGCCCGCCUGGCUGUUCACCCUACCCGAGCUUGCCUUCCUCUCUUUCGCCAGCAACCCCUGCGCAGCACCACCACCCGUCAACGGCGUCGUCACCGCCCCGGGACUCGCCGACAUCGCCUGGUCCGAUCUCGAAGUCAAGCGCACGCUCGGCGCGGACGCAUCCGGCACCACGUUCGAAGCCCUCUGGCACCAGUCUCCGCACUACGCCGAAGAGGUCGCCAUCAAGCUGUUUCGCGGCUCCCUCACCAACGAUGGCCGCCCCGCCGACGAGAUGGCCGUCUGGCUCGCGGCGGGCGCCCACGAGAGCCUGAUCACCGUGCUGGGGCGCAUCCACGGCCACCCGGACGAGGACGACACCACCACCAGCGCAGACACCCGCGAAGAAGCAGCAGCAGCAGCAGGCCCCUUCCAAGGCGGCAUCGUCCUGCAGCAGGUGCCGGCAGGGUACGCGGCGCUAGGCGAGCCGCCGUCGCCGUCGGCGGAGAUCUCCUCCACCGACCGCACGAGCGAGCGCUUCCCACCACGGCCGCCGCCUCCUCCUCCUCCUCCGCCGGCGGCGGCAGCUGCGCCGAGGGGGCCCAGCGGGCUCUCGAUCGCGUGCGCGCUGUCCAUGCUGACCGGCCUCGCCGGCGCCCUGGCCCACCUGCACGCGCGCGGCCUCGCCCACGGCGACGUGUCCGCGCACAACGUCUUGGCCAGCCGGGCCGACGCGCACGCGCUGCUGGCCGGCUUCGCGGCGGCGACUGUCGACUACCGGCGGGCACGGGUGCGGGGGAAUAUUGAUGAUGAUGACGGCGCGGGGGCGGGGGCGCGGUGCGAGAUGGAGAGGAUCGAGGUGCUGGCGUUUGCGCACCUGCUGGAGUACGUGCUGGGGCUUGCGGCAGCUGAUGCUGCUGGUGGUGGUGGUGGUGGUGGUGGUGGCGGUGGGGCGGGAGCGGAGGGCCGGGAGGAGGAGGUGCGGAAGGGGCUGUGGGAGCUGCAUGCGCGGUGUGCGGUGGCCGAGGUUGCGGCGCGGCCGCUGUUUGAGGAGGUGGUGGAGGUGUUGGAGGGCAUGAUGGGCUGGCGGGGGAUGAUGCGGAUUCCUCCAUGAUUUGGGUUCUGCUAGGUAGCUGAGCGAGGGAAGGUACAGUGCAUACGCUGGAGGGUUUGCAUGUACGGAUCCGUUCCUCUUCUCCCUGCUGUUAACUCGGAUCGCCGGGCUUACCUCCGGCAGUGGGAGAGUGAAGUUCAGAACCCCCUUUGGAUGGAUAACUGAUGUGAUCGCCUGACCGACUGCAUGCUCAUUCACGCAGGUCCCGUCGCCAAAGGAUAUCUUGCCAUGCACGCAGACGGCGGGUUUUAAUGCGGGCGGCUGCAGGUGAGAUUCCGUAGAGGGAGCUGCCCUGGCCAUCACCCUCAAGAUCCUGCGGCUGUGCUUGAGAUAACGCUACCGAUCGGAUAGUUCAGAGUUGUUUGCGCUCACUCGAUCGGCCGCAUCUCUGUGCCGGACGGGAUUAUUUUCUCCUUUUCCUUCUUUCUUUUCUAUCUUUCUUUUCUUCU